AUGACGUUUGUUGAGUUUAUGGAUUCCAGCACCUCCUCACCUGGCCUCAGCAAUUCCUCACUGCAUUCAACUGCAGAGACACCCAGCACAGAUACAGAGAAGCCGGCUCUUCCAGUGAGCACUGUGAUUCUGGAUAGCAGCACAGUGGCACCAACUGCAACAUCCCAUUUCACCACAAAUAUUCCUCCUCAGACAGAGGUUUCUCAAAUCACGGGCACUAGUAAUACCGUUCCAAACACAGUACCCAUGGGCAGCACAAGUAGCAAUACAACUGAUACAGAAUCCAACACCCCACCUGACUUCACAGACAGAGUCUCCUCUACUGCUUCUGUAGCUUCUGAAUUGGGUGAUAAAAGUACAGCUUUUGUAGGAACCAAUCCAAUGACUCACCUAAGCACUACAGCAGAGACCCCAGCAGAAAUAUCUUCCAACAGUCCAGCUUCCACAACUAGAUUCUCCACAGAAACAACUCUGCCUUUGUCAACAACAAGCACAAGGGACGGCACAGCUACGUUAAACCCCUUAGAAACAGAAUCCAGCACCUCUUCUUCCUCCUCACCUGUAUCAGAGAGUGCUUCUCAGGCAAGCGAGCAAACUGCUCCUAUCGGUGUCAGUGGGCAAGGCUCUACUGCCACAAGUAAUGCACGCACUGAAGAAACAUCCUCUACUCCUUCUGUGACUGUCACGGAAUCCAGCCUGGGCAUUACACCCACCAAAGGUGCAUUGUCACCAGUCACCUCUGAACCGAAUACACAGGAGGGCAUAACAUCUUCCUCUAACCAAAGAACUCUGAACGAUGUAACAGCAACAGACCUCAGCCAUUCCUCACUGCAUUCAACUGCAGAGACAGCCAGCACAGAUACAGAGAAGUCGGCUCUUCCAGUGAGCACUGUGAUUCUGGAUAGCAGCACAGUGGCACCAACUGCAACAUCUCCUUUCACCACAAAUAUUCCUCCUCAGACAGAGGUUUCUCAAAUCACUGGCACUAGUAAUACCGUUCCAAACACAGUACCCAUGGGCAGCACAAGUAGCGAUACAACUGAUACAGAAUCCAACACCCCACCUGCCUUCACAGACAGAGUCUCCUCUACUGCUUCUGUAGCUUCUGAAUUGGGUGAUAAAAGUACAGUUUUUGUAGGAACCAAUCCAAUGACUCACCUAAGCACUACAGCAGAGACCCCAGCAGAAAUAUCUUCCAACAGUCCAGCCACAACUGGAUUCUCCACAGAAAAAACUCUGCCUUUGUCAACAACAAGCACAAGGGAUGGCACAGCUACGUUAAACCCCUUAGAAACAGAAUCCAGCACCUCUUCUUCCUCCUCACCUGUAUCAGAGAGUGCUUCUCAGGCAAGCGAGCACACUGCUCCUAUCGGUGUCAGUGGGCAAGGCUCUACUGCCACAAGUAAUGCACGCACUGAAGAAACAUCCUCUACUCCUUCUGCGACUGUCACGGAAUCCAGCCUGGGCAUUACACCCACCAAAGGUGCGUUGUCACCAGUCACCUCUGAACCGAAUACACAGGAGGGCAUAACAUCUUCCUCUAACCAAAGAACUCUGAACGAUGUAACAGCAACAGACCUCAGCCAUUCCUCACUGCAUUCAACUGCAGAGACAGCCAGCACAGAUACAGAGAAGUCGGCUCUUCCAGUGAGCACUGUGAUUCUGGAUAGCAGCACAGUGGCACCAACUGCAACAUCCCCUUUCACCACAAAUAUUCCUCCUCAGACAGAGGUUUCUCAAAUCACGGGCACUAGUAAUACCGUUCCAGACACAGUACCCAUGGGCAGCACAAGAAGCGAUACAACUGAUACAGAAUCCAACACCCCACCUGCCUUCACAGACAAAGUCUCCUCUACUGCUUCUGUAGCUCCUGAAUUGGGUGAUAAAAGUACAGCUUUUGUAGGAACCAAUCCAAUGACUCACCUAAGCACUACAGCAGAGACCCCAGCAGAAAUAUCUUCCAACAGUCCAGCUUCCACAACUGGAUUCUCCACAGAAACAACUCUGCCUUUGUCAACAACAAGCACAAGGGAUGGCACAGCUACUUUAAACCCCUUAGAAACAGAAUCCAGCACCUCUUCUUCCUCCUCACCUGUAUCAGAGAGUGCUUCUCAGGCAAGCGAGCAAACUGCUCCUAUCGGUGUCAGUGGGCACGGCUCUACUGCCACAAGUAAUGCACGCACUGAAGAAACAUCCUCUACUCCUUCUGCGACUGUUACGGAAUCCAGCCUGGGCAUUACAUCCACCAAAGGUGCAUUGUCACCAGUCAUCUCUGAACCGAAUACACAGGAGGGCAUAACAUCUUCCUCUAACCAAAGAACUCUGAACGAUGUAACAGCAACAGACCUCAGCCAUUCCUCACUGCAUUCAACUGCAGAGACAGCCAGCACAGAUACAGAGAAGUCGGCUCUUCCAGUGAGCACUGUGAUUCUGGAUCGCAGCACAGUGGCACCAAUUGCAACAUCCCCUUUCACCACAAAUAUUCCUCCUCAGACAGAGGUUUCUCAAAUCACUGGCACUAGUAAUACCGUUCCAAACACAGUACCCAUGGGCAGCACAAGUAGCGAUACAACUGAAGAAUCCAACACCCCACCUGCCUUCACAGACAGAGUCUCCUCUACUGCUUCUGUAGCUUCUGAAUUGGGUGAUAAAAGUACAGCUUUUGUAGGAACCAAUCCAAUGACUCACCUAAGCACUACAGCAGAGACCCCAGCAGAAAUAUCUUCCAACAGUCCAGCCACAACUGGAUUAGCCACAGAAACAACUCUGCCUUUGUCAACAACAAGCAGAAGGGAUGGCACAGCUACGUUAAACCCCUUAGAAACAGAAUCCAGCACCUCUUCUUCCUCCUCACCUGUAUCAGAGAGUGCUUCUCAGGCAAGCGAGCAAACUGCUCCUAUCGGUGUCAGUGGGCACGGCUCUACUGCCACAAGUAAUGCACGCACUGAAGAAACAUCCUCUACUCCUUCUGCGACUGUUACGGAAUCCAGCCUGGGCAUUACAUCCACCAAAGGUGCAUUGUCACCACUCACCUCUGAACCGAAUACACAAGAGGGCAUAACAUCUUCCUCUAACCAAAGAACUCUGAACGAUGUAACAGCAACAGACCUCGGCCAUUCCUCACUGCAUUCAACUGCAGAGACAGCCAGCACAGAUACAGAGAAGUCGGCUCUUCCAGUGAGCACUGUGAUUCUGGAUAGCAGCACAGUGGCACCAACUGCAACAUCCCCUUUCACCACAAAUAUUCCUCCUCAGACAGAGGUUUCUCAAAUCACGGGCACUAGUAAUACCGUUCCAGACACAGUACCCAUGGGCAGCACAAGAAGCGAUACAACUGAUACAGAAUCCAACACCCCACCUGCCUUCACAGACAAAGUCUCCUCUACUGCUUCUGUAGCUCCUGAAUUGGGUGAUAAAAGUACAGCUUUUGUAGGAACCAAUCCAAUGACUCACCUAAGCACUACAGCAGAGACCCCAGCAGAAAUAUCUUCCAACAGUCCAGCUUCCACAACUGGAUUCUCCACAGAAACAACUCUGCCUUUGUCAACAACAAGCACAAGGGAUGGCACAGCUACAUUAAACCCCUUAGAAACAGAAUCCAGCACCUCUUCUUCCUCCUCACCUGUAUCAGAGAGUGCUUCUCAGGCAAGCGAGCAAACUGCUCCUAUCGGUGUCAGUGGGCACGGCUCUACUGCCACAAGUAAUGCACGCACUGAAGAAACAUCCUCUACUCCUUCUGCGACUGUCACGGAAUCCAGCCUGGGCAUUACAUCCACCAAAGGUGCAUUGUCACCAGUCACCUCUGAACCGAAUACACAGGAGGGCAUAACAUCUUCCUCUAACCAAAGAACUCUGAACGAUGUAACAGCAACAGACCUCAGCCAUUCCUCACUGCAUUCAACUGCAGAGACAGCCAGCACAGAUACAGAGAAGUCGGCUCUUCCAGUGAGCACUGUGAUUCUGGAUCGCAGCACAGUGGCACCAAUUGCAACAUCCCCUUUCACCACAAAUAUUCCUCCUCAGACAGAGGUUUCUCAAAUCACUGGCACUAGUAAUACCGUUCCAAACACAGUACCCAUGGGCAGCACAAGUAGCGAUACAACUGAUACAGAAUCCAACACCCCACCUGCCUUCACAGACAGAGUCUCCUCUACUGCUUCUGUAGCUUCUGAAUUGGGUGAUAAAAGUACAGCUUUUGUAGGAACCAAUCCAAUGACUCACCUAAGCACUACAGCAGAGACCCCAGCAGAAAUAUCUUCCAACAGUCCAGCCACAACUGGAUUAGCCACAGAAACAACUCUGCCUUUGUCAACAACAAGCAGAAGGGAUGGCACAGCUACGUUAAACCCCUUAGAAACAGAAUCCAGCACCUCUUCUUCCUCCUCACCUGUAUCAGAGAGUGCUUCUCAGGCAAGCGAGCAAACUGCUCCUAUCGGUGUCAGUGGGCACGGCUCUACUGCCACAAGUAAUGCACGCACUGAAGAAACAUCCUCUACUCCUUCUGCGACUGUCACGGAAUCCAGCUUGGGCAUUACACCCACCAAAGGUGCAUUGUCACCAGUCACCUCUGAACCGAAUACACAGGAGGGCAUAACAUCUUCCUCUAACCAAAGAACUCUGAACGAUGUAACAGCAACAGACCUCAGCCAUUCCUCACUGCAUUCAACUGCAGAGACAGCCAGCACAGAUACAGAGAAGUCGGCUCUUCCAGUGAGCACUGUGAUUCUGGAUCGCAGCACAGUGGCACCAACUGCAACAUCCCGUUUCACCACAAAUACUCCUCAGCAGACAGAGGUUUCUCAAAUCACUGGCACUAGUAAUACCGUUCCAGACACAGUACCCAUGGGCAGCACAAGUAGCGAUACAACUGAUACAGAAUCCAACACCCCACCUGACUUCACAGACAAAGUCUCCUCUACUGCUUCUGUAGCUCCUGAAUUGGGUGAUAAAAGUACAGCUUUUGUAGGAACCAAUCCAAUGACUCACCUAAGCACUACAGCAGAGACCCCAGCAGAAAUAUCUUCCAACAGUCCAGCUUCCACAACUGGAUUCUCCACAGAAACAACUCUGCCUUUGUCAACAACAAGCACAAGGGAUGGCACAGCUACGUUAAACCCCUUAGAAACAGAAUCCAGCACCUCUUCUUCCUCCUCACCUGUAUCAGAGAGUGCUUCUCAGGCAAGCGAGCAAACUGCUCCUAUCGGUGUCAGUGGGCACGGCUCUACUGCCACAAGUAAUGCACGCACUGAAGAAACAUCCUCUACUCCUUCUGCGACUGUCACGGAAUCCAGCUUGGGCAUUACACCCACCAAAGGUGCAUUGUCACCAGUCACCUCUGAACCGAAUACACAGGAGGGCAUAACAUCUUCCUCUAACCAAAGAACUCUGAACGAUGUAACAGCAACAGACCUCAGCCAUUCCUCACUGCAUUCAACUGCAGAGACAGCCAGCACAGAUACAGAGAAGUCGGCUCUUCCAGUGAGCACUGUGAUUCUGGAUCGCAGCACAGUGGCACCAACUGCAACAUCCCGUUUCACCACAAAUACUCCUCAGCAGACAGAGGUUUCUCAAAUCACUGGCACUAGUAAUACCGUUCCAGACACAGUACCCAUGGGCAGCACAAGUAGCGAUACAACUGAUACAGAAUCCAACACCCCACCUGACUUCACAGACAAAGUCUCCUCUACUGCUUCUGUAGCUCCUGAAUUGGGUGAUAAAAGUACAGCUUUUGUAGGAACCAAUCCAAUGACUCACCUAAGCACUACAGCAGAGACCCCAGCAGAAAUAUCUUCCAACAGUCCAGCUUCCACAACUGGAUUCUCCACAGAAACAACUCUGCCUUUGUCAACAACAAGCACAAGGGAUGGCACAGCUACGUUAAACCCCUUAGAAACAGAAUCCAGCACCUCUUCUUCCUCCUCACCUGUAUCAGAGAGUGCUUCUCAGGCAAGCGAGCAAACUGCUCCUAUCGGUGUCAGUGGGCACGGCUCUACUGCCACAAGUAAUGCACGCACUGAAGAAACAUCCUCUACUCCUUCUGCGACUGUCACGGAAUCCAGCUUGGGCAUUACACCCACCAAAGGUGCAUUGUCACCAGUCACCUCUGAACCGAAUACACAGGAGGGCAUAACAUCUUCCUCUAACCAAAGAACUCUGAACGACGUAACAGCAACAGACCUCAGCCAUUCCUCACUGCAUUCAACUGCAGAGACAGCCAGCACAGAUACAGAGAAGUCGGCUCUUCCAGUGAGCACUGUGAUUCUGGAUCGCAGCACAGUGGCACCAACUGCAACAUCCCGUUUCACCACAAAUACUCCUCAGCAGACAGAGGUUUCUCAAAUCACUGGCACUAGUAAUACCGUUCCAGACACAGUACCCAUGGGCAGCACAAGUAGCGAUACAACUGAUACAGAAUCCAACACCCCACCUGACUUCACAGACAAAGUCUCCUCUACUGCUUCUGUAGCUCCUGAAUUGGGUGAUAAAAGUACAGCUUUUGUAGGAACCAAUCCAAUGACUCACCUAAGCACCACAGCAGAGACCCCAGCAGAAAUAUCUUCCAACAGUCCAGCCACAACUGGAUUCUCCACAGAAACAACUCUGCCUUUGUCAACAACAAGCACAAGGGAUGGCACAGCUACGUUAAAUACCUUAGAAACAGAAUCCAGCACCUCUUCUUCCUCCUCACCUGUAUCAGAGAGUGCUUCUCAGGCAAGCGCGCAAACUGCUCCUAUCGGUGUCAGUGGGCACGGCUCUACUGCCACAAGUAAUGCACGCACUGAAGAAACAUCCUCUACUCCUUCUGCGACUCUCACGGAAUCCAGCUUGGGCAUUACACCCACCAAAGGUGCAUUGUCACCAGUCACCUCUGAACCGAAUACACAGGAGGGCAUAACAUCUUCCUCUAACCAAAGAACUCUGAACGAUGUAACAGCAACAGACCUCAGCCAUUCCUCACUGCAUUCAACUGCAGAGACAGCCAGCACAGAUACAGAGAAGUCGGCUCUUCCAGUGAGCACUGUGAUUCUGGAUAGCAGCACAGUGGCACCAACUGCAACAUCCCCUUUCACCACAAAUAUUCCUCCUCAGACAGAGGUUUCUCAAAUCACUGGCACUAGUAAUACCGUUCCAAACACAGUACCCAUGGGCAGCACAAGUAGCGAUACAACUGAUACAGAAUCCAACACCCCACCUGACUUCACAGACAAAGUCUCCUCUACUGCUUCUGUAGCUCCUGAAUUGGGUGAUAAAAGUACAGCUUUUGUAGGAACCAAUCCAAUGACUCACCUAAGCACUACAGCAGAGACCCCAGCAGAAAUAUCUUCCAACAGUCCAGCUUCCACAACUGGAUUCUCCACAGAAACAACUCUGCCUUUGUCAACAACAAGCACAAGGGAUGGCACAGCUACAUUAAACCCCGUAGAAACAGAAUCCAGCACCUCUUCUUCCUCCUCACCUGUAUCAGAGAGUGCUUCUCAGGCAAGCGAGCAAACUGCUCCUAUCGGUGUCAGUGGGCACGGCUCUACUGCCACAAGUAAUGCACGCACUGAAGAAACAUCCUCUACUCCUUCUGCGACUGUCACGGAAUCCAGCCUGGGCAUUACACCCACCAAAGGUGCAUUGUCACCAGUCACCUCUGAACCGAAUACACAGGAGGGCAUAACAUCUUCCUCUAACCAAAGAACUCUGAACGAUGUAACAGCAACAGACCUCAGCCAUUCCUCACUGCAUUCAACUGCAGAGACAGCCAGCACAGAUACAGAGAAGUCGGCUCUUCCAGUGAGCACUGUGAUUCUGGAUCGCAGCACAGUGGCACCAACUGCAACAUCCCCUUUCACCACAAAUAUUCCUCCUCAGACAGAGGUUUCUCAAAUCACUGGCACUAGUAAUACCGUUCCAGACACAGUACCCAUGGGCAGCACAAGUAGCGAUACAACUGAUACAGAAUCCAACACCCCACCUGACUUCACAGACAAAGUCUCCUCUACUGCUUCUGUAGCUCCUGAAUUGGGUGAUAAAAGUACAGCUUUUGUAGGAACCAAUCCAAUGACUCACCUAAGCACUACAGCAGAGACCCCAGCAGAAAUAUCUUCCAACAGUCCAGCUUCCACAAUUGGAUUAGCCACAGAAACAACUCUGCCUUUGUCAACAACAAGCAAAAGGGAUGGCACAGCUACAUUAAACCCCAUAGAAACAGAAUCCAGCACCUCUUCUUCCUCCUCACCUGUAUCAGAGAGUGCUUCUCAGGCAAGCGAGCAAACUGCUCCUAUCGGUGUCAGUGGGCACGGCUCUACUGCCACAAGUAAUGCACGCACUGAAGAAACAUCCUCUACUCCUUCUGCGACUGUCACGGAAUCCAGCUUGGGCAUUACACCCACCAAAGGUGCAUUGUCACCAGUCACCUCUGAACCGAAUACACAGGAGGGCAUAACAUCUUCCUCUAACCAAAGAACUCUGAACGAUGUAACAGCAACAGACCUCAGCCAUUCCUCACUGCAUUCAACUGCAGAGACAGCCAGCACAGAUACAGAGAAGUCGGCUCUUCCAGUGAGCACUGUGAUUCUGGAUCGCAGCACAGUGGCACCAACUGCAACAUCCCCUUUCACCACAAAUAUUCCUCCUCAGACAGAGGUUUCUCAAAUCACUGGCACUAGUAAUACCGUUCCAGACACAGUACCCAUGAGCAGCACAAGUAGCUAUACAACUGAUACAGAAUCCAACACCCCACCUGACUUCACAGACAAAGUCUCCUCUACUGCUUCUGUAGCUCCUGAAUUGGGUGAUAAAAGUACAGCUUUUGUAGGAACCAAUCCAAUGACUCACCUAAGCACUACAGCAGAGACCCCAGCAGAAAUAUCUUCCAACAGUCCAGCCACAACUGGAUUCUCCACAGAAACAACUCUGCCUUUGUCAACAACAAGCACAAGGGAUGGCACAGCUACUUUAAACCCCUUAGAAACAGAAUCCAGCACCUCUUCUUCCUCCUCACCUGUAUCAGAGAGUGCUUCUCAGGCAAGCGAGCAAACUGCUCCUAUCGGUGUCAGUGGGCACGGCUCUACUGCCACAAGUAAUGCACGCACUGAAGAAACAUCCUCUACUCCUUCUGCGACUGUCACGGAAUCCAGCCUGGGCAUUACAUCCACCAAAGGUGCAUUGUCACCAGUUACCUCUGACAUGAUAAAUGCCAAUGAAACCGUUACCAUGUCCUCCACAACACCUAAAUCUGUCAUACCUAUCACUGUUCUGAAUACUACAAUAUCUCAGAUUUCUUCUACUUUUUCCACACCCAACAUAGCUGUUUCCCCACCAACUACAGCCACAACAAUAAUUUCUGCUAGACCUACAAAGACAUCAUUAACUAGCAAAUCCACAAUUAUUGUUGCUACAAUUGUAACAGCAGGAGAUACUUCCUCGAAGACUACAAAGCCCACAGUUAGAAUUACAGCACCUGAAGCUGGCACUGUUUCAUCUAUGACAGAAAAUACAUUACCACAAGGAACUUGCACUUCACUUAUUUUUUCCAUACAACUUGAGAAAGUAACCAGUGAAGUGAUACAGUUGAAUUGGACACCUCAAGGUGGGACAAGAGAUAGCCCUUACACUGUGUAUCUGUUGAGGGAUAACACGGUGAGGAAUAAGAGCACUACGAAUGAAACACGGAUAGCAUUUGGAGAUCUGGUUCCUGGUUAUGAAUAUAUAAUAUCUGUGGAAGUUUUAACUUGUGCUAAGAAGAUCAAUACUUCAAAGAGAGUUCGCACAGAAGCUAAAACAUUUGACGGAAAAACCAGGAUUACAAAUGAAAAUUUCAAACCUGAGUAUAACAACAAAUCAAGUGAAGAAUUUAAGGAUUUUGAAAAGAAGUUCAUUGGGGAGAUAAGAAAAAACUUGCCACCUGAGAUGCAAAGGUUACUAGACGAAGGAAAAAUGCGUAUAGUAAUCAACAAUCUUAGAAGUGGCAGUAUACUUGUGGACUAUAUGAUUGUUUUGGAUGUAGGAGAAAAUGUAACAAAAACAGAGCUCACAGCUGCUUUUACAGAGGCCUUUAACAACAGUACAGAAUUUCAAACGGACCGCAACAGUACACUUAUAGAAGAACCAGCUGGAGAGCCUGUGACAAUUGCACCAUCAAGACAGCCAUCUACAUCAAAGCCAUCUGUUGAAAGCAUUAGCCCCACACAAAAAUCUGAAACGGCACCUGCAACUUCUAUAAACACGACAGUUCCGUUACCAGUGCUGAGUCCACAAUCUACAUCACUCAUAUAUCCAACCACAGACAAAAUAGCAACUACAGAGACACAUUUUUCAACAACCGCCACCACUGAAACGCAUGUAACUUUGCCAGUGUCUUCAUCAGUAGCUACAAAAUCCACAUAUACAUAUUCUGUAAAUAAUACAUCCCUGGAAACUACCCGCUUAGGGACGAUUGCUACGGAGUCCACUACAGCUCCCGUGUCUAAUGCAGUGCUAACAAAUGGCACUUCUAGGCCUUCUCCUACUACGGACACUAAUGAUAUAUCUACAGCUCCUUCCACAAGUCUUAUUCCGGAUGCCACAAAAACACCUUCUCCUGUUUCCAGCACACAAAUAUCGUUAUCGUCUACAGCUUCUUUCACAGAGAGAAUUUCUACAAGUUCAUCAGGUACAUCAUCUACUCAUACGACCAGAGUAACUAUGAUUGUGGAACCCAGCACUACUUCUGGGAGUUCAACCACAAAAAUGCCAACAACAUUUUCUACAAUCCCUGUGACACCUCCAUACAGGUCUACGAUUUUAACAUUUCCAGAGACUUUCAACAGGACGACAAGGUCUACAGUUAUAGUUACAGGAUCUACAACAAAUCCUAUUUUAACUACCACAUCAGGAGCUUGCACAUCCAAAAACUUCAAAGGACAAACCAGGUUGAUAGAUAAAGUGUUCAACCCUCAGUACAGAAACAAAUCAAGUACAGCAUUUAAAGACUUUGAAAAGAAUUUCACUGACGAGAUAGGGGAAAAAUUGCCAGGCGAGUUCAAAAACUUAUUUGACAUGCGGAAAUUGCGUAUAGUAAUUGACAAUCUUAGCAAUGGCAGUGUGACUGUGCUCUUCAACAUGGUGAUGCCUGUGCAACAAAACUUAACACAAACAACGGUCUUCGAUGCUUUAAUAAAAGCCCUGAACAAAAGCGCUCUGGGGCGAGUGGACUUCAACAGCACUUUUAUAGAAGUCAGCACUAAUAUUUUCAUUUUUUCCAAGAGGCGUUUAAUAUGGCAAAUAUUUACUUUAUUACAGCGGGAAACAGCUGUGAAACAGGAUCAAAAAUCUGUUCUGAACAUGCCUCAUGCAUCCGUGAAGAGGCAACUUAUUCCUGUAAGUGUAAGGAUGGAUUCUAUGACCACAGUCCCCGUGUACCAGGGAGAGAUUGCCAAGACCCUGUUCUCUGCUUCAGCAGUGCUAACCUUUGCUCAACACAAAAUAAUGACUGUCUUGACUCCAAAAAUCGGAUAUGCUCAAGUUGUUAAACAAAUGCGAAUUAGCCUGAGAGAUGAUAGCUUUGAUAUCAUAGUGGUUGGAUUCAGACCUGGGAGUGUGAUCGCCUAUUUCGUUUCUCUACUACAAGGGCAACAGUCCAUUGACGCAAAUACUCUUCAAGCAAAUUUAAGUAAAAUAGUAAAGAACGUGUUUGGUAAUGAAACUGAAGUAACAGUACAAUGCUACAUCAUGUCUUUUGGGCACAGCCUAGAUAGAGUUAGAAGGAAAGCACAGCUGCACUGCCCCAGACGGCUGAAUGCCUUUCUGAACAUCCCAGUCCACAGGGACAGCACACCUACUCUUACUGUUUUAUAUGGGUGCAGCCAGUUCCUUUUUGCAAGGCCAAAUCCCAAGUCAGUUUGA